ACUGGAUUGGUUGUUAUCAGGGACGGUCGGAGAGCUGAUAGCGAUGAUAGGAGUGAGCUGCUGGCAGUUAUCCUCGCAGCCUCUGCUCAGGUAGCAGCACCAUGGCACCCCCUACUAAGUACGGGUCUCCACUGAAAUAUGACCCAGACUUGUGUGGUCCACAGAAACACAGGUCAUGUACAGACAUUAUCUGCUUACUUCUCUUUCUUUUCUUCCUCGCUGCUUGGGCAGGAGUUGCUUCCUUUGCUUAUAGAAAUGGAGAUCCAAAACGGUUGAUAUUACCAGUUGACUCAUAUGGCCAUCGUUGUGGUGAACCUGACUUGAUCAAUCCAAACCUUUUCUUCUUUGAUCUCACUGCCUGCUUGAGACCUGAUGCUAUCUGGAGGGGUUGUUCUACACCUCAGGUUUGUGUUUCUAAAUGUCCGGAAGAUGUGUGGAUAGCAGAGACUUACUUGUCAGGAGUCUUACAAUUCAACAUAACCGAUGUCCAGAAUCAUCUCAUCUGCUACAAUGAAAUCAUUGUAAAAACUGUUGUUGACAAAAAUACACUUCAAGAUGUUGUUAACAAGAAAGCUUGUGCCAGUUGGUAUGUUCCAAGCCAGUCAUUUUACUUCAGAUGCAUUCCUAAUCUGAAAUUUAACUAUGAACAAUGGAUUAAUAACUACAAACAAAAAUUUGGCUUAAAUGUGCCGUUUUCAACUGAGAUGUUGAAUCAGUCUGCACGUACUAUGCAAGCACUCAAUGUAUUGAAUCAGGUUGCUCAAGAUGUGGUGCAUGAUCUGGAUGCUACAUGGCGCUAUUUAAUAAUAUUCUGUUUUGCUGCUUUAGUUGUCAGUUUUGUUUAUAUUAUUCUUCUUCGUUUCCUUGCUGGAAUAGUUGUCUGGAUCUCAAUUCUUGCCCUUAUUGCAUUAUUUUCCUCAGGAGUCUUUUUCAGUUAUAAAAACUAUAAAUUAUUAAAAGACAACCAGUAUGGUCGGAUAGUUCCUGACAGUAACAGUCUAGAGGGUAAAGUUACCCAGCUGUUCAACAAAUGGGAGUUUUGGAUGCUACUUCUGGUUGUUUGUGCCUUCUUCCUCAUAUUCAUCGUUGUCAUUGUAGUGUUUUUGAGAAGCCGUAUCUAUUUGGCUACAGCGCUUAUCAAAGAAAGCAGCAAGGCUGUCAGUAGUGCAGUGUCAACCCUGUUUUUUCCCAUAAUCCCUUGGGCAGUGCAACUGGUUGUUCUGUUGUGGUCUAUCAGUGUAUUCCUGUUUCUAUACUCAACUGGAACUGACGACAGAAGAAUUGAAGGAAUGGAUGGAAACUGCAUUUGUACUGGUCCUUAUCAGGGGAUCAUAGAUAAUACAACUUGUACAGUAGAGGAAUUCAAUAAGUUUUGUCACCAAGCAGGAGAUGUAAACUCCCACUGUUACACAGCAGGCUGUGCCAUCCGUAGCCUUAACUCAACCAAUCUGGUCCUGUACCUUCAGAUGUUUAAUCUAUUUGGGUUCUUCUGGGGAGUCUGGUUUGUGACUGGCCUUGCCCAAAUGAUUCUGGCAGGCACCUUCGCCACAUGGUAUUGGACAUUCCACAAACGAAACGUUCCAUUCUUCACUCUCUCACGGGCCAUCUUCCGGACACUUUGGUACCAUAUGGGAACUGUAGCAUUCGGCUCUCUUAUAUUAGCCAUUUGCAGUUUUAUUCGAGUUAUGAUCGAAUAUGCAGAAAAGAAAGUUAAAAAAUUUGAUAACGCUAUAACCAAAGCAAUAAUACGCUGCUGUAAAUGCUUUUUUUGGUGCUUGGAAAAGUUCCUAUGUUUUAUAAACCGAAAUGCAUACAUUAUGUGUGCAAUUAAUGGGCAAAACUUUUGUACCUCAGCUAAGGAUGCAUUUCAACUUCUCAUGCGGAAUUUUAUCCGUGUUAUCUUUGUUGAUAAGGUGACAGAUUUCCUGUUUUUCCUGGGAAAAGUUCUAGUAACAGCAGUGGUGGUUGUCAUGUCGUAUCACGUGUUUACUGGUCAAGUGCGCCUACUAGACGACUCCGGCAGAGACGUUGUUCUUGUCUACCCUUGGCUGCCCAUGGCCAUUGUUGGGCUCAUGACUUACAUCAUAGUUUCUAUUUUCUUCUCAGUGUAUUCUGUUGCAGUAGAUACAUUGUUUCUCUGCUUUUUGGAGGACUGUGAAAGGAAUGAUGGUUCAGCAGAGAAACCCUACUUUAUGUCAAAACAAUUGAUGAAGAUCCUAGGAAAGAAGAACAAAACAGUAUAGUAAAACUGGACUACAGGGUUGUUAUAUUGUAUACCAAAGCUAUAGUUACUACAUAGCAUCAUUUUGUACAGUUAAAAUGUUAUUGUAUAUGCCUAUUGAUAGUUUUGAUAAUUAAAGUUGUAUAUAAUAGAA